AUGCAACGUAAUACUACAAACUAUGAUAAUGGUAACUGCUAUAAGAAAUUCGAAAGUAUGACCGUCAAAAGCAAGCUAGUUCGAUGUGUCAGUCCAACUUUCAUACUGAAGAAGAAAUGGAGUUGUAGUUGUUAUUACGAAGAAAUAAUUCUUCGCUUGCAAAUCAAGUGUUCUCUGAAAAACCAUGGCAAGAUUUCACCAUCUUAUGGUCUCAGCAGUGUAAUGAUGGCAAGAAAAAAACCAUUUUUUUACAAAACACCAGAAAAUCUACGUCAUUACUUUAAUCAAAGAGAGGAUCAAAGCAGAUAUCUCAACUCAGUAAUUUUAAACAAAGAAAGAGUUGACUCUGCUUCUACGUUGAUUAAAGAAUUAUACGAAAAAAGACCACUUGAAGAAGCUAAUUGUUUUCUCCUAUUACCAGGACAAACAAUCAUGCCAAAUAUUCAAAACUCAAAAGAAAUACAUCAACAAGAUAAGGCUUCGUUGACAUCCAAACCUCUUCCUAAAAUUAUGCCAUCUCAAUACAUCUAUGCACAAAACUCCAAUAUGCCUCUCAAUUUUAACUAUUCUAUGCAACCAAAUGACAUGUCUCCAUCUCGCCUACCUCAAAAUCUUAUGCCUCAAAACCUUAUGUCUCAAAAUCCUAUGCCUCAUAACCAUAUGCCUCAUAACCAUAUGCCAAAAAACCCUAUGCCUCAAAACCUUAUGAAUCUACCUUUAAGCCCAUCACAUAGAACGUCACGAACGCAUCGACUCCUUUAUUCCAAUACACCACGACCCACUGUAAUGUGUGAAUCAAACCCAAAGCGAAAAAAAACAAGAACAUGUGCCAUACAGUAG